UAGCCAGAUUGUGGUCAUAGGCCCGGUGCCAACACACUUCGUACGUCUCAUGGUACACAGCUCUCCUAUAUUGAUAACAUUGCCCAUUGCCCAAGUACUAAAUCUAGAUGCUGGCUUAGGGUUGGGUAGUUGCCGGGUUCACACACUGCAGAGAUUAUAAGGCUACACCAACCGCUUCUCUGUGACUCAUAUUUACUACCACUUCCACCAUCAUGGAUCCUGCAAAGAUAAGAGAGAAAAUCGGUCGCUUUCGGAUCCUCGUUAUAGGACGAGCGAACGCAGGAAAAACUACCAUUCUGCGGAGAGUCUGCAACACGCGGGAUGAUCCAGAAAUAUACGACAGCGACGGGGAACAGAUCGACCUAACAGUUUUAAUGGCAUCUAGAGAGCGCGGACUGCACGACAUCGAGAACGAAAUGGUGUUUAAGAACAACCCAGGAUUCAUCUUCCAUGAUUCACGCGGUUUUGAGGCAGGCGGCGCAUCCGAAUUCGAAAAGGUCAAGGCAUUCAUCGCGAGCCGCUCCAAGGGAAUGAAAAUAAAGAAUCAACUACAUGCUAUCUGGUACUGCAUUCCCAUGGACGAGGCACACAGGUCGUUCACUGCAAGUGAAGUGAAAUUCUUCUCAGUGUGACACAGGAAGCGUUCCAGUGAUCGUAUUAUUUACCAAAUUUGAUGCCCUAUACGACGUCGCAUUCGCACAGCUAAGGAAGGAAGGAAGAU